AGGGGGACGCUCCGAGGUCUAGGACAUUGCAGCUGCUACCAGAAAUAUCGAUGAGCCUUUACCCUCGGGUUUAGUACACGAGCUCUUUCUAAGGCAAAUACAAAGAACGUGUUUCUUCCUACAAAUUAAUCGCAUCCUCCCGCGGUCUGGAUUCAGCUGGUAAAGUAACUUAAGCCUUGUUCUGAUUGCAGGGGUGGGCGGGGUGGACGGCUCGGUGUUCUGCCCAUUAUGCCUGGCGUUCGAGGUGCUGGUGUACGCAGGCCUGGACAGUCCAGGAGAGGAACGGGGGCCGAGCGGAGUAGGAGGAGAUGGCGUCUCAGCCGCCACCUCCCCCCAAACCUUGGGAGACCCGCCGAAUUCCGGGGACCGGACCAGGACCAGGACCCGGCCCCACUUUCCAAUCUGCUGAUUUGGGUCCUACUUUAAUGACAAGACCGGGACAACCAGCACUUACCAGAGUGCCCCCACCUAUUCUUCCAAGGCCAUCACAGCAGACAGGAAGUAGCAGUGUGAACACCUUCAGACCUGCUUACAGUUCAUUUUCUUCUGGAUAUGGUGCCUAUGGAAAUUCAUUUUAUGGAAGCUAUAGCCCUUAUAGUUACGGAUAUAAUGGGCUGGGCUACAACCGCCUCCGUGUAGAUGAUCUUCCACCCAGUAGAUUUGUUCAGCAAGCUGAAGAAAGCAGCAGGGGUGCAUUUCAGUCCAUUGAAAGUAUUGUGCAUGCUUUUGCCUCUGUCAGUAUGAUGAUGGAUGCUACCUUUUCAGCUGUCUAUAACAGUUUCAGGGCUGUAUUGGAUGUAGCAAAUCACUUUUCCCGAUUGAAAAUACACUUUACAAAAGUGUUUUCAGCUUUUGCAUUAGUUAGGACUAUACGGUAUCUUUAUAGACGGUUACAGUGGAUGUUAGGUUUAAGAAGAGGCUCUGAGAAUGAGGACCUCUGGGCAGAAAGUGAAGGAACUGUGGCAUGCCUUGGUGCUGAGGACCGAGCAGCUAACUCAGCAAAAUCUUGGCCAAUAUUCUUGUUCUUUGCUGUUACUCUUGGUGGUCCUUACCUCAUUUGGAAAUUGUUGUCAACUCACAGUGACGAAGUAACAGACAGCAUCAACUGGGCAAGUGGUGAGGAUGACCAUGUAGUUGCCAGAGCAGAAUAUGAUUUUACUGCCGUAUCUGAAGAAGAAAUUUCUUUCCGGGCUGGUGAUAUGCUAAACUUAGCUCUCAAAGAACAACAACCCAAAGUGCGAGGUUGGCUUCUGGCUAGCCUUGAUGGCCAAACAACAGGACUUAUACCAGCGAAUUAUGUCAAAAUUCUUGGUAAAAGAAGAGGUAGGAAAACGGUGGAAUCAAGUAAAAUUUCCAAGCAGCAACAAUCUUUUAACAACCCAACACUAACUAAAGGAACCACAGUUGCUGAUUCUUUGGAUGAACAGGAAGCUGCCUUUGAAUCUGUUUUUGUUGAAACUAAUAAGGUUCCAGUUGCACCUGAUUCCACUGGGAAAGGUGGAGAAAAACAAGAUCUUUGAUAUCUUUCAUGUUUGCUUACAGUUGAACAAUACCUUAGAGUACUUUUUAAAAUUAUUUCUCACAAAGAAAUGAAUCUACAAUCCAAUGAAAACAUUUGUUAUUGGCUAUCCCAGGUGUUUUGCUGCUACAAAUUAUUAAAGUUAUACACUAGUAUGUUGGUAACGUUUUAUUAUACACGUUAUUGGACCAUGAGGACAUUUGUUUCACCUAGAUUUUAAGAUUAUGGAGACUGCUGUUAUUUUCAUCUUAUUUAACUCUCUAGGUUUAUUGGAAGAGUAAGAUUGAUGAACUGUAGCGUGCACAAUUUGGUAUAAUAGGGAUCAUUAAUACUUUUUAAAGUUCUACAUUAAUUGAUUUGGAAUCCUUAGAAAUGGGGUGAUGACCUAAGAGUAUGAGAACAGGCAAAAAGGUUAAUUUUUUUUUUUUUUUUUUACAACUUUUUUUUUUUUUUUAAGUAAUCUCAGUAAUAAAAUUUUCUGAUCUAUAUUAUA